UACCGACCGUGACUUACAAAAUGUAUCCUGCUUCUCUAUUUAUUUAUUUUCUGUCGUACAAAUUCAACCUUGAGAAGUUCAACUUUGCUGUGUUUUUUUCAAACUACGCAAGAUGGGUGGGAUCAUAAACUGUCCUCCAGUGGUAGGUGACUCCAGGAAUUUUAAUCACUCUUAAUUGCUCAAGAGUUCCUCCCAACCAGAAUGUUCCCCGGCCGGAGCAGAGAGGUCCGAGCAUCUGUACUACAGACGGGACACAAAGGUAGGUGCUUCUAAUGUUUCCUUUUAAAGCCAUUAUUAACAGUGUGUUUUCUGUUCUGUUUAUUUUCAGUAUUAUGGGGACACUGUCACUGCAGACAGCCUACAAAAAUGCUUUAAACUGCCGUCAAUCUUGACCAACACAUGCUGGGCAGACAGAUUACAGUGAAUGUUAAUGGGGGUCAUCUAGCUGUCUCCACCACUUCUGCAGAAUGUGCCACACAUUGACUGAACUGUGUCCUUUUCAAACAACAGAUUGGGUACAAUGGAAGUGAAGGUGUGGGUGGACGGCAUCCCACGCGUGGUAUGUGGCGUUACAGAGGAAACAACAUGCCAAGAAGUAGUCCUUGCGUUGGCUCAGGCCUUGGCUCAAACCGGGCGCUACACGUUACAGGAGAAAUUUAAAGACUUUGAGCGGUGCAUGGCCCCAAAUGAAUGCCUUCUGGAGACUCUUGAGAAAUACGGUGAGCAGACCAGGGAUGUCCGACUCACGCUGCUCCACAACGGACCCUCGGUCUCCGAUGAAAUGAGCAGGACAAAAGUUGGCAGGUACCAGCCCUGCCCGCCGCUGAGAAGGAAAGAUGCGGGCACCAGAAUGCGGCGGGGUAGUGGUUCACUAAGUUCGCAUCGUCGAAGCUUGCCACUGCUGUCGUGUUUGAGACCAGAGGCUGAGCAGCAAAAGGAGGACCUGAAAAGGCCUAAAAGAAAGUCUCUGACACUCAUGGAGGAGGCCUGGGAAUGGCUGGAGAGUCUGGGUAAAGGCAAGGUCUAUAGCACUGCCUGUGAUAAGGAAAGCAGUAAGCGGACGGAUAAAAGGAAUCGUACCUCUUUGGGUAUUUCUCUCACUGUUGACGAAGGUCGAAGAAGUAGAAGCAAAGCCAGAGGUCAGAAAAGUUUAAAGUCGGACUUGGAUCAUCAAACAUCCUGCUGCAUGGGAAGUCAGACGAAGGGGAAAGAGAGCAAACGCUCUGAGAAAGCAGAAUCUGUUGAUCCGUCCAGUUCAAACUGUGCUACAACUAAAGAUGAGAAAAACAGUCUAAGAGAAACCAUAAUAUAUCAGCUCAGCUGGUUGCAGGACUUACGGGUCCAGAUAGCACGCAUAGACAAACAGAUUUUGGAGCUCGAGGAAAAACAGAGGGCUAAAAAGGCGGAGCAGGAAGCCCAGCAGAGAACGGCUGAAGAGGAGAUGGAGCAGAUCAAGUUUUGGGAGAAUGAAUUAAAGGCGGAGGAAGGUUACGAGAAAGAUUUGCAGAGCCAGUUCCUUGAGAUGAGGGAAAACGCUGUGGGGUGCAAGGCCAAACUGGAGGAAUACAAGCGCAAAAUGCAGGGGCUCCAUUUCUUCGCCACUCAAAACGUCGUUCACUCAGAUUCAGAGAGGUUUGCAGAAGUUGGUGCGAAUGAUGCCUCGGAGAUUUCAGCCGUUUCAACUAAGGAGCUAAAUCGGCAACAAUCUGAUCCAGAUGGGGAUGUAAAUGUUAACAGGAAGUUCCUGCCCAGAGAGGACUUGGGCCCUCCUCAUGCUCUAGUUGCUCCCAACCAGAUAAAGGAGCGCCGGCCCACUGGGCCCAGCGAGCUGAGGGAGUGGUGGAAACGCUGGGCUCAAACCCAAAGCCCUCAGUCACAGACUAAAAAGAAGAUGAUUCAUCGCUCUGAGCUCACUAUAUAUCUGGGCAGCACCAAGGUCUAGAAUCAAAUUAACAGGGGUCAUAAAUAUUAGGAAUGCAUCAUUGUACACCAAAUGUGGUAAUUUAAUUCUGCAAAAUGCAGAAAUCGUCCUGCUUUAACUUGUAUUGAGUAUUUCUAUCCCAUACUUGCUGUUCCAUAUUAGAAAUGCAUCCCUGUGAUCCUCAGCAAGGGAACAAAGGCAGAGGAUUGAAAUGAAUGUCUUUCAACAGGAAGUGCCUCCAUUAUAGAAAAUAAUAAUAAAAAAAGAAGCUUUAAGCCUG